AUGGUUGCAGCGGCGCCAAGUCAAGUCGGGGAGGAUGUUCAUAUGGCUCCGAGUGUGCAGAAGCAGUCGGAGGUGCAAAAGGUUAGUUAUUAUAGUAUGUCUUAUAUAUUAUUAUAUGUAGAAUGAGAAUUUUUGGAAAGGUUGCAAUUAGGUACGUUAUCAUUGGUAUGAAUAUUUAAACGAAUUGUGGGGAAAUUUUAUUUUUUAAAAAUUCAAAAACCGGAACAGUGAAAUUCACUAUCGAUAAGAAAAAUUGAAAAAAAUUAUUUACUUUUUGAAAUAAAACCGUUUUAAAUUUUGAAAUUUAGGUAUUUCUGUUUGAUGUAGUAGACUCUUUUUACUGUAUUUUGAAGCUUUUACAUUGUGUCUGACUUUUAAUUUAAAAAUUUUGAAUUUUAGCCUCAACCACCGAAUCUGCCGACGCUAGAAGAGCUGAGGAAGGCGAUUCCUCCAGAAUGUUUUGAGAAGGAUUGGAGAAAGUCAAUGUUCUUCUUGGUCUGGGACUAUGCCGUAAUAGCUGGGCUAUAUUACGCGUUACCGUAUAUUGAGCAGUAUGGUGGAUGGCCUGGGUUAUUGGUCUGGUAAGUCUAUUGAUUUAAGAUUUUAAUGUAAAUGACUUAUUUUUAGGUGUUAUAAUUGGAUUUUAAGCGUUUUAUUCUUAUUGUGUUAAAGAUUUCUUGAAAAAUGAUAAUAAUACAUUAUCUCUUAGUCUACAUUAGCAUCCACAUUAACAUAUUAUUCUACUUUCAGGUAUUAUGUCGUUGGAAUGUUUGGUUUUUCAUUGUUUGUCGUUGGUCAUGACUGUGGCCAUGGGACCUUCUCCGAGUACACCUGGCUGAAUGACAUAAUAGGACAUGUCGCACAUGCUCCAAUCUUGGCCCCAUAUUGGCCGUGGCAGAAGUCCCACAGACAACAUCAUCAAUACACGUCGCAUUUGGAGAAGGACAAAGGACAUCCGUGGUAUACUCAAGAGGAAUAUGUCCAAGAGCCGUGGGUAAUUCAGCAGUUCUUCAAGUUUCCUUUGUCUGCAUUUGUCAGGUAGGUUUAUCUACUUUAUAUUAUGUUGAUUUAAUGAAUCUAUGAAUUAUGUUUACUUAGUUUAGAUGGAACUUUGUGUACCUGACUCUCGGUCUACCCGAUGGAUCUCACUACUGGCCCUACUCAAAACUCUUCAAAACUACAGAAGACCGAGUCAAAUGUGCUGUCAGUACCUCACUGUGCAUUGCUUCAGCUUACGUUGCCUUUGUAAUCUGCGACUACAGUUUCUCGACUUAUGUCAAAUAUUAUCUGGCACCAGUACUGUUCCAAGGACUGUGGCUGGUUAUGGUUACCUAUCUACAACAUCAAGAUGAAGAGAUCGAGGUAUACGAAGACGCCGAAUGGAGUUUUGUAAGGGGACAGACACAGACAAUCGACAGAACAUACGGAAUGUUCAUCGACACACUGAUGCAUCACAUCACUGAUGGUAAGCAUGUUAACCGUUAAAGCUGGCGGCUUCUGUUGUUCUUACGUCUAUUUUAUUGAGAAUAUAGUUUACAUUUGUUUUUAUAACAAUUUUAAAGUGGUGUGUAUAACAUUUAAAGUAUUGUAACUUCCAUUGUUAGCCGUGUUUUAAAAAGAUCAUUGAAUUAAAGUAAUUUUUUUGUAGGGCACGUUGCUCAUCACCUCUUCUUCACCAAGAUCCCUCAUUAUCAUCUUAUCGAGGCUACUGAAGGAAUCAAAAAAGUUUUUAAGAAGUAUCCAGGGCUAUACAAGAAACAGAACAACUUCUUGACGUUACUCGAGUUUUUAAGGUAGGUAACAUUACCAGUUACAGUAAGGUUGAGUUAAAAAAGAACGUUUUUUUGUGAAAUUUGAAUUUCAAAAUGUAAUUCCUUAUCAUGAAUAUAACUUUCAACAUAUCAUACUAUAGACAGAUUACACUAGACUUUGUGGACUUUUGAAUAUAUCUAAACACUAUCUUACUCGACUAGACUAAACCACUGUUAUAGAUUAAACGUGAGACUGGAUUACCUUCUGGGACGAGGUACUGGUGUUCUAAGAUAUCACGUUUCUAAGUUCUACAACAAAAACAAAACGGAAUAA